GCUGCGCUCAGCGCCGACCCCACCGUCCUGGGCAAGUAUCGAGCUGGAUUCAACGAAUGCAUGAACGAGGUGACGAGGUUCCUGUCCACCUGCGAAGGGGUGAACACCGAUGUGCGUACCCGUCUUCUCAGUCACCUCUCGGCUUGCCUGGGUCAGAUCGUGGCCAUGAACUACCCACCGGCACCUCUGUCCGGUCAGCAUGCACAUCUUUCACAGCACCAGCUGCCCCCCGCAGCAGCCGGAGCCGUGCCCGUGCCCUGCAAACUGAACCCCGCUGAAGCCCCGUCCCCCAAGGUCUAUGGGGGUUUCCAGCUCGUCCCCGCUACCGACGGUCAAUUUGCAUUUCUCAUCCCGAACCCGGCCUUUCCUCCCAGUUCUGGACCAGUUAUUCCCCUUUAUGCCAAUGCCAACGUCCCGGUGUCCGCAGAGCGGCUCGGGGAACGCGGCCGCCACCCCAUCAGCAUCCCCGGUGCAGGGAUUGACAUCAUUUGGGGGCAGAUUGUUCCGGCAUCCCAGGCG